GGGAAAGGGGCGGGGGGAGGCGGCGGCUCGUCGCCCGUUGGAUUGGACCUCGCUGCUGCUGCCGCUGUGCCGUGCGAGCCCCGAAGGGCAGAGGAGCAGCCAGCGAGCAUGGAGCGGAGGAGUCCAGCUGCCGCGGGGAAGCUGCACGCCAGCAGCCGGGCGGCGGGCGACGGGCACUGCGCCCUGGGCGGCGGCGGCGUUGGGAGCCAGGCGGCGGGCGCUGCGGAGCCGGACGAGCUCAUCCGGCGGGCGCUGGACUUCAAGAGCCAAGGGGCGCAGUGCUACAAGGAGAAGAAAUGCCGCGAGGCCAUCGGCAAGUACCACCGGGCGCUGCUGGAGCUGAAGGGGCUGCUGCUGCUGCUGGCCCAGGAGGAGCGCCGCGACGAAGCCGCCUCCGCAGCCUCCUCGGCCAGCCCCGCGGCCGGACUCAGCGACGAGCAGAGGCGCCUGCUGGAGAGCAUCGAGGUCGACUGCUACAACAGCCUGGCAGCCUGUCUAUUGCAAGCUGAGCUGGUGAAUUAUGAGCGAGUCAAGGAAUACUGUCUGAAAGUACUGAAGAAAGAAGGAGAGAACUUCAAGGCACUCUAUCGGUCAGGUGUAGCAUUCUACCACCUCGGAGACUACAACAAAGCACUUUACUACUUGAAAGAAGCAAGGUCUCGACAACCAGCAGGUACUGGUAGUAGGAAAACGCCAUUCUGAGAUGGUAUUUCGUAACUCUCCUUAAAAAAAAAUAUUUCAUGCAGGAUAGACUCCCCUCUCCUUGUCUUCCUAUAUUUCUUUUUUAUCUCUUUACUCCUCAGAGUUCAUAUAAAAUGCAGAACUUGACAUUACACCCAACAUAGAACUGCCACC